AAACAGGGCGAAAGCGAUGAGAUUGUUAUUUGUGUAGAAGUAGCCACUUUUUAUUUCGAAGUCAGUUGAGUAUAAAAAAGAAAGUAUAAACUUAAAAUUUUGAGAGAGUUUUUAAAUAUACUUAUCUUUGAUCUGGAGACUAAUUUGAGUUAAGUUAAAUUCAAUUAAAACAAUGGCUGGAAGAAAAGUUGACGCAAAAAACGAAGAUGUUCCCGAGCGUCAUCUUGCACAUGAAAGGGGGGCUGGUGCACCGUGCUUAAAAUGUGGACCUGCAUGUGAUGGUUUAGAUUUACAUUUCUGGAGAAAAAUUUGCAAGGUUUGUUACUGCAAAUAUGAAGACCAUGAUGUCAAACAGGAAGAAGAGAUUCACCACGAUAUCGUGCGCAACAUCUUUCGUAAAGAACGCGGACUGGAAGAAAACAUAGGAAAGUUGGAGAUUGCUGACUUAAAGAACGAACCUGUGAUCGGAGAAAAUGUGAAAGCAAAUUUUAUUCAAGUGCCAGAAGUAUCAUCUGCAGCUGUCAUGGCGAAAUAUUUGGAUGCUAUCCCUAAAGACAAAGCCGCCCAUCACGACGAAGCAGGUGCGCAGUACCGAAGUAAACAGUUGGCCAAGCAGCUACCUGCACAUGAUUUCGAUGAAGCGUUUUGCGAUAACCUAACCGAUGCAGAAAGAGAGAAAAUGAAAAAUUUUAACGAACGCAGAAAUGAAGAGGCAGCUGGCCAGGGAGAGAUUAAAGAAAAGACACCACAGGAAGUGACGCAAUGGGUUUGUGAGCGAUGCAACAAACACCUUCUUAGCGGAGAGGUGGCUAUUUUCGCCGAACGCGCGGGCAAGGAUAAAUGCUGGCACCCGGGAUGUUUCGUAUGUUCGACAUGCACUGAAAUGCUUGUUGACCUUAUUUACUUCUACAAGGACGACAAGAUCUAUUGUGGUCGGCAUUAUGGUGAGCUUACUCGUGUCCGUUGUGCUGCAUGUGAUGAGCUGAUUUUCACCAAAGAAUACACACAAGCUGAAAAUCAAAACUGGCACAUCAAACAUUUCUGUUGUUUUAACUGCGACACGGCCCUGGGUGGACACAAGUACGUGGCGCGCGAAGAAAAGCCAUAUUGUAUGAAGUGUUACGAUCAACUAUUCGCGAAGGUCUGUGCGGCGUGCAGGCAAAAGAUUCCAGCUGAUGGGAAACGCGUGUCUUAUAAGGAAAGUCACUGGCACGCAACUGAGGAUUGUUUUAAAUGUGUCACUUGUAAGACGCCCAUGCUUGGUCAUCAAUUUAUAUAUAAGGACUCAAGUGUCUUCUGCACCCCCGCUUGUGCAAAGAAACGAUAGGUUAGCUGCUAAAGGAUAAAGAAGAAUUAUUAUAGAGACUGAUUAAGGAAUGUUGGUCAGUAUAAUACACGCGAUAAUUAAUAGUUAGGGUUUAAAAGUUUAGUGGGAUAACUUUUUGGUUUACAUAUGUUUUUAUACUGCUGUGUAGUAUUCGAUCAAUGCCUUCUCUUUCACCCUUUAUGGUUUCUUUUCGCAAUUAUAACGAUGGUGAAACCCAAAGACGUUGCGAUGACGGUUUUCAAGAAAUGGUUUUAAUAAAAGGGGAAAUGUUACGAAGAAGACUUUGACUGGACUGAAGAUAAUUAUUUAUUGUCUAAUUUAGAGAUUUAACAAAUUCAUAUGUGCAAAACGACUUUUGGUUCAUGUUACUUCGCCAUUGUUUUUUUAGUAUAUUAUAUACUCUUUUAUUUGAUCAUAAUAAGGUCGUAUCAUUUCAUUUUUUUCUUCACAAUUCUUUUCAUUUUUUAUUUAGGGUUGUGUCAAUUACAUUUACCCAAAUAGACUUUUUCUUUUAUUUUUGUUUCUGUUAGCACAGGUUCUGUAUGCAAAAUUCUAGAAAUAAAUUAAAAGGUAUAUUAUAAAAA